GGGCGAAAAAGAGUUCACUACUUCUCUCACUAGAACCCCCCCAUCUUAUAUACAACAAUCUAUAGACGCCGGACCUCCUCUUCCUUCUCUCUCUAAAUCCCCUAAAAGGCACAGAGAUCUAUCAACCCUCGCUGACCUUCUUGUUUUCUCGAUCAGGGUCUCUAUUUUCUCCAAAAUCAGUCUUCAUCUGUUCUUUCAAUUUCUGGGUCUUUUUCGUUUCUAAGGUUAUUUAAGUUAUCGUAUCUUGAAAAAAAUCAUGGGUAUCGAUGGAGUGGAGUCUGAGUUGGCCCAUGUGGCUGUGGAGAAUGGGAAGAAAGAGAUCGGUCUUAAUGGACAUGUUGAUGAAAAUGAAUCCGGUACUCACGGGAAUGAAUCAGUGCGAGUAGAAACCACCCCAGAUACGAGCUUUCCAAAGGACGCAGUUGAUGAGUGGCCUGAAGCAAAAGUGUUCCAUUCGGUUUAUUUUGUUAAAUACCGAACAGUUGAAGACCAGAACUUGAAGGCUAAACUUGAUUUGGCUGAUAAGGAGCUUAGAAAGCUUAAUCAAGCCCGUGAUCCGAUUACUGAAAAACUGAGGGCAAAAAGGACUGAACGGGCACAAGUAAUAGGGCAAUUGAAGGCAUUAGUUGAAGAGAAAAACCAUUUCCGGACGAUUAUGGAUGACAAGAGAAAAGAAAUCGAACCUUUGCAGCAGGCAUUGGGAAAGUUGCGGGGACCAAGAGAUGCGAAUAGAGACAAUAGAAGUUUCAUAUGCUCUUCUGAGGGAGAGCUCAAUGAUGUUAUUAAGAGUUUGCAAUACCGCAUUCAACAUGAAAGUAUUACCCUAAAUGAGGAAAAACAAAUCAUUCGAGAAAUCAAACAAUUUGAAGGGACACGGGAUAAAGUUAUCGCGAAUGCUGCUAUGAGGGCGGAAGUUCAGAAAUCCGUUGGUGAAAAAGAUGCCAUUCAAGACCAGGUCAAACUUAUUGGUGUCGGUCUUGAUGGGGUCCGCAAAGAUCAACAGGCUAUUAAGGCGAAAGUUAAGACCCUCGAGGCUGAAAAAGAGGCCAUAAACAGCGUGAUUGCUUCUUUAGAGGAGGAAUUGCACGGGUUGGUCGAGAAAAGGGACAAGGUCUAUGAGAAGAUUCGUGAGUUGAGGAAUAAACGUGAAGAAGGGAAUAGUUGCUUUUAUCAGAACCGCUCGCUCUUGAAUGACGCAAGAAGGCUGGCUGCAAAUAAAGACGUUAAUGCCCUUAAAGAGCUUGCUAUAUCAGAGGUUGACAAGUUCAUGACCGAGUGGAAUAAGAGUAAAGCAUUCAGAGAAGAUUACGAGAAAAGAAUCUUGCAAUCGCUUGAUAUCCGACAACUAACCAAAGAUGGGCGUAUGAGGAAUCCUGGAGAGAAGCCAUUGAUUUCACAAGAAAUACCAACUCCUGUUCCUGUUGAGAUCGAGGUCGUAGCAAAACCGAAGGUGAAACAAACGAAGGAAGAACCUGCUCCACCUCCGGUUGCCAUAAUCGAGGAAGAAAAAGAUGGGAAAAACGCGAAAGAAACAAAUGGGACCGUAAAGGGUAAAAAAGAGAAAAAAGAAGAGGAGGAAGUUUUCAGGGUGGAGAAAAAGCCGACGAAAACAAAAGAAGUCGAUGAAUCAAAGCUGAAGGAGAUUAAGAGGGAGGAGGAGAUUGCAAAAGCGAAACAGGCUUUGGAACGGAAGAAAAAGCUGGCGGAAAAAGCCGCAGCAAAAGCGCAGAAAAAAGCUGAAAAGGAAGCCGAGAAGAAGCUUAAGGAUCGUGAGAAGAAAGAGAAGAAGAAAAUGCAGGCUUCUGCACCUGCCGCCGAUCCCGAGGAAGCAACAACGGAGGAGGCUGCAGCCGAGGCUCCGGAGGAAGAAAAGAUCGAAGAAAACGUCAAGAUUACAGCAAAGAAGUCGUUUCCAAAGGAGAAUACGAGAGUUCGAAGCAGAAACGUCAGGGGGAAAGGACCCGAAUCGAUUUCAAAAGUGAUACUGAAACGCAAAAAGUCAAACAACUAUAUGUAUUAUUACGCUGCUGCGGCUUCUGCGAUCGUGGUUGUGAUUUUAGCCAUCGGGUAUAACUUGUAUGCGUAGACAAUGGGAAAAUGGUGCACCUUUGGGUCAAAACGAACGGUAACGGAUGGAUACAGGUGGUUCUUGGAACGUAAUGUCGUUUUUUUGUUUUUGAGUUCGUUUUCUUUGAUAUGUAUUUGCAGACAGACCGAGAACUCGAUAUAUGACGGUUUAGAAGAGGUAGUUUGAAAAAUGUACCUGAGAUUUAAGCAGCAGCCAUAGAAGUUGGUUUUGGAUUAGUGUAAUUUUUGACCUUUUGGUUUUGAUAAGAAACAGAAUGUUGUUUAUGUGAUAUAUUUUGCAU